GACCGUUACAGACACAACAAUUCAAUAUGUUCAAAUUGGUGGUUCUCUCUGCGAUUGUUGCAGUGGCAACAGCUCGCCCAGGGCUUCUCUCCUCUCCCCUUUACAGUGCACUUGUGGGAGAGAAGACAAUUGAAAGUCACGGCAAUUCGGUCGUUCACAGUGCAGUGCCCGUUGUCCACAGCUACGAAGCAGCCCCAGUAGUUUUGGCACAUGAGCCACUCAUCGCCGAGAAAACUGUCUCCAGUCACGGACACAGCAUCGUGCACGAAUCAGCCCCAGUGAUUCACAUCUACGAAGCAGCCCCAGUAGUUUUGGCGCAUGAGCCACUCAUCGUCGCGAAAUCUGUCUCCAGCCACGACCACAGCAUCGUGCACGAAUCGCCUGUCCUGGCACAUACAGUUCACAUUGACGAAUCCCACUGGUAG